AUGGUUCCCCUGAAGAGGGAUCAAGGCUGUCCUAGAGAAGUGGCCUCUGUGAUUGCUCUGCCUGUCCCUGAGGCCUCUGGAUGGAAGUAUGAUGUGAUGGAUAUAAUUAUGGGAUACUGUGCGGGCACCCGGCCUCCUUCUUCUUGCCUCAUCCUCCUGCUUCUCAAGCUAUUGGCCACUGUCUCCCAGGGGCUGCCCGGGACGGGACCCCUGGGCUUCCACUUCACACAUUCCAUUUACAAUGCCACAGUGUAUGAGAACUCAGCAGCAAGGACCUACGUCAACAGCCAGAGUAGAAUGGGCAUCACCUUAAUAGAUCUGUCCUGGGAUAUCAAAUACAGAAUAGUAUCCGGAGACGAGGAAGGCUUUUUCAAAGCAGAGGAAGUCAUCAUUGCAGAUUUCUGUUUUCUCAGAAUAAGAACUAAAGGUGGCAAUUCUGCCAUACUGAAUAGGGAAAUUCAGGACAAUUAUUUAUUGAUAGUAAAAGGUUCUGUCAGAGGAGAGGAUUUGGAAGCAUGGACCAAAGUGAAUAUACAGGUGUUAGAUAUGAAUGAUCUGAGACCUCUGUUCUCACCAACAACGUACUCUGUUACAAUAGCAGAAAGCACACCUCUGAGGACUAGUGUCGCCCAGGUGACAGCAACAGAUGCAGAUAUUGGUUCCAAUGGAGAAUUCUACUACUACUUUAAAAACAAAGUUGAUCUUUUCUCAGUUCACCCUACGAGUGGUGUCAUCUCUUUAAGUGGACGACUAAAUUAUGAUGAAAAGAAUAGGUACGAUCUGGAAAUUUUGGCUGUGGACCGGGGGAUGAAACUGUAUGGAAACAAUGGAGUGAGCAGCACUGCAAAGCUUUAUGUUCACAUUGAACGUGUAAAUGAACACGCCCCAACGAUCCAUGUAGUCACUCAUGUUCCGUUCUCAUUGGACAAAGAGCCAAUGUACGCAGUGGUGACAGUCGAUGACCUAGAUGAGGGGGCUAAUGGAGAGAUUGAAUCUGUUUCCAUUGUGGCUGGGGAUCCUUUAGAUCAGUUCUUCCUGGCUAAGGAAGGAAAGUGGAUGAAUGAGUACAAAAUUAAGGAGAAGAAGCAGGUUGACUGGGAGAGCUUUUCCUAUGGCUACAAUCUCACUCUUCAAGCAAAAGAUAAGGGGUCACCUCAAAAGUUUUCAGCAUUAAAAAUAGUCCACAUUGCCAAUCCCAAAAGAGACACUGUCCCAAUUAGGUUUGAAAAAGAAGCAUACGACGUGAGCAUAAGUGAGUUUUCCCCUCCUGGUGUCAUGGUUGCUAUAGUAAAAUUAAGUCCUGAACCGCUGGAUGUGGAAUACAAAUUAUCUCCUGGUGAGGAUACAGAGUACUUCAAAAUUAAUCCUCGGUCAGGUCUGAUUGUCACAGCACAGCCACUAAAUACUGUUAAGAAAGAGUUUUAUAAACUGGAGGUGACAGACAAGGAAGGAGAUUUAAAAGCACAAGUUACCAUUGGCAUAGAAGAUGCAAAUGACCACACCCCAGAAUUUCAGCAGCCACUGUACGAUGCUUAUGUGAAUGAAAGUGUUCUGGUGGGAACGAGCGUUCUGACAGUUUCAGCUUCUGAUAAGGAUAAAGGCGAAAAUGGGUACAUCACCUAUAGUAUUGCCAGCCUGAAUUUGUUACCAUUUGCCAUUAACCAGUUUACAGGUAUUAUUAGCACAACUGAAGAAUUGGAUUUUGAAUCCUCCCCAGAAACUUACAGAUUCAUUGUUAGAGCCUCUGACUGGGGUUCACCAUACCGCCACGAAAGUGAGGUAAAUGUGACUAUUCGAAUAGGAAAUGUCAAUGACAAUAGCCCUCUCUUUGAAAAAGUGGCUUGCCAGGGAGUAAUUUCGUAUGACUUUCCAGUUGGUGGUCACAUCACAGCUGUCUCAGCAAUUGAUAUUGAUGAGCUUGAACUUGUAAAGUACAAAAUCAUUUCUGGAAAUGAACUUGGCUUCUUUUAUUUAAACCCAGACUCCGGGGUUUUACAGCUUAAAAAAUCACUGAUGAAUUCUGGCAUUAAAAAUGGUAAUUUUGCCCUCAGGAUUACAGCAACUGAUGGAGAGAAUUUUGCAGACCCCAUGUCUAUUAACAUUUCAGUCCUGCAUGGGAAGGUGUCUUCAAAGAGUUUUAGUUGCAGAGAAACUCGUGUGGCUCAAAAGCUGGCAGAGAAACUACUCAUUAAGGCAAAAGCAAAUGGAAAACUGAAUCUGGAAGAUGGAUUUCUUGACUUUUAUUCAAUUAACAGGCAAGGUCCACAUUUUGACAAGUCUUUUCCUUCUGAUGUGGCUGUGAAGGAGGAUCUGCCAGUUGGUGCUAACAUCCUGAAGAUUAAAGCCUACGAUGCCGACUCUGGCUUCAAUGGAAAGGUGCUAUUUACAAUAUCUGAUGGAAAUACAGACAGUUGUUUUAAUAUUGAUAUGGAGACGGGGCAACUUAAAGUCCUUAUGCCCAUGGAUCGAGAACACACAGACCUCUAUCUCCUUAAUAUCACCAUCUAUGACUUAGGUAAUCCACAGAAAUCUUCAUGGAGAUUGCUGACUGUCAAUGUGGAGGAUGCUAAUGACAAUAGCCCAGUUUUUCUUCAAGAUAGUUACUCGGUUAACAUUCUUGAAAGCUCAAGUAUUGGUACUGAGAUUAUUCAAGUGGAAGCCAGAGACAAAGACUUGGGUUCUAAUGGGGAAGUGACUUACUCGGUCUUGACUGACACGCAGCAGUUUGCCAUCAAUAGCUCAACUGGAAUCAUUUAUGUAGCUGACCAAUUGGACCGGGAAUCCAAAGCAAACUACUCCUUGAAAAUAGAAGCCAGGGACAAGGCAGAAAGUGGUCAGCAGCUGUUUUCUGUUGUUACUCUUAAGGUUUUUUUGGAUGAUGUCAAUGACUGCUCCCCAACUUUCAUUCCCAGUAGCUACAGUGUGAAGGUUCUUGAAGAUCUCCCUGUUGGCACUGUCAUUGCUUGGCUGGAGACCCAUGAUCCAGAUCUUGGAUUGGGGGGUCAAGUGCGCUAUUCUUUGGUCAAUGACUAUAAUGGGAGAUUCGAAAUAGAUAAAGCAAGUGGUGCCAUCCGCUUGAGCAAGGAGCUUGACUAUGAAAAACAGCAGUUCUAUAACCUCACAGUUCGGGCCAAAGACAAAGGGCGGCCUGUCUCUCUGUCAUCUCUUUCCUUUGUUGAGGUGGAAGUGGUAGAUGUCAAUGAAAACCUUCACACCCCCUAUUUCCCAGACUUUGCUGUCAUUGGAUCUGUGAAAGAAAACUCCCGCAUUGGAACAAGUGUGCUGCAGGUGACUGCCCAAGAUGAAGACUCCGGGAGGGAUGGAGAGAUCCAGUACUCCAUCAGGGAUGGCAGUGGCCUUGGGAGGUUCAAUAUAGACGACGAGAGUGGGGUCAUCACUGCUGCAGAUAUUCUUGAUCGGGAGACAAUGGGAUCAUAUUGGCUGACAGUGUACGCCACGGACCGCGGUGUUGUUCCACUCUAUUCCACCAUUGAGGUCUACAUUGAAGUUGAAGAUGUGAAUGACAAUGCCCCACUGACCUCGGAACCUAUUUAUUAUCCUGUUGUCAUGGAAAACUCUCCAAAGGAUGUAUCUGUCAUUCAGAUCCAGGCUGAAGAUCCUGACUCCAGUUCCAAUGAAAAACUGACAUACAGGAUUACAAGUGGGAAUCCUCAGAAUUUUUUUGCCAUCAAUAUAAAAACAGCAUGGCCCUUUCCUAUUCGAAAACUAAAUUCUCCUGAGUGGAUAGAAAUGACCGCUGGAUGA